ACCUGGCAGCGGGCGGGGAGAUUGCGAGCUAGCUCCGAACCCUGCGGGCGGCGGGCGCGCGCACCAUGGGGGAGAAACCCGGGACCAGGGUCUUCAAGAAGUCGAGCCCUAACUGCAAGCUCACCGUGUACUUGGGCAAGCGGGACUUUGUCGAUCACCUGGAUAAAGUGGACCCCGUGGAUGGUGUGGUGCUUGUGGAUCCUGACUACUUGAAGGACCGAAAAGUGUUUGUGACCCUCACCUGCGCCUUCCGCUAUGGCCGGGAAGACCUGGAUGUACUGGGCCUGUCCUUCCGCAAAGACCUGUUCAUCGCCACCUACCAGGCCUUUCCCCCAGUGCCCAACCCACCCCGGCCCCCCACUCGCCUGCAGGACCGGCUGCUGAAGAAGUUGGGCCAGCAUGCCCACCCCUUCUUUUUCACAAUCCCCCAGAAUCUGCCCUGCUCAGUCACACUGCAGCCAGGCCCAGAGGACACAGGAAAGGCCUGUGGGGUCGACUUUGAGAUUCGCGCCUUCUGUGCCAAAUCACUCGAGGAGAAAAGCCACAAAAGAUGGUUCCAGAAUGAAGUCGGGGACCCCCGGCAUGGAUGUGCAUUUUGCGGGCUGGGCUGGGCUGGGGGUGCGCUCCAUCCAGCGCUGCCGCGAUCCCGCCCCGCAGUGAGACAGUAUGCCGACAUCUGCCUCUUCAGCACCGCGCAGUACAAGUGCCCCGUGGCUCAAGUUGAACAAGACGACCAGGUGUCGCCCAGUUCUACGUUCUGCAAGGUGUAUACCAUCACCCCGCUGCUCAGCGACAACCGUGAGAAGCGCGGCCUCGCCCUGGACGGGAAGCUCAAGCACGAGGACACCAACCUGGCUUCCAGCACCAUAGUCAAGGAGGGGGCCAACAAGGAGGUGCUGGGGAUCCUGGUGUCCUACAGGGUCAAGGUGAAGCUGGUGGUAUCUCGAGGCGGGGACGUGUCCGUGGAGCUGCCUUUCGUUCUGAUGCACCCCAAACCCCAUGACCACAUCAUCACCCUCCCCAGGCCUCAGACAGCCGUUACCGAAACAGAUGUCCCUGUGGAUACCAACCUCAUUGAAUUUGAUACCAACUAUGCCACCGACGACGACAUUGUGUUUGAGGACUUUGCCCGGCUUCGGCUGAAGGGGAUGAAGGACGAAGACUAUGAUGAUCAAUUCUGCUAGGAGGGGGGCUAGAAGAAGGGGGUGCAUGGUGCUGGGAGAGGUAGGGUAGGACCAAGAUCCCUAUUGGUAUGAAAGAAGGGGUGGUCCCAGCCCAUCUUCCCUUCCCCCUCCAUCUAGCAGCUUCCUCAACCAGCCCUUCCCCCACAACCAUCCACUGCCAACCCUCCCCAAGAUACGCACUGGACCCAUCUCCUGUUGAAUGUGGGCAUUAAUCUCUUGACUUCAGCUGUGCCUCCCCAACCUCCCAAUGGGCAGCUAGCUGUGUUUGUAUCUCAAAAUGGUUGUUGUUGUUGUUGUUUGGGGGGGGGGUGCCAAAAAGCCCAGUGAUAGUUGGAAGAGGGGCUAGAAAGAACUUCCACCUCCCCAUGGGUCAGUUUUGCCUCCCAGUUCAUUCCAGAUGAGGCUCUUUGGGCGGCAGGGCCAUUUCUUUGUUUCUGAACAUAAAGAAGAAAAUAAACCUUUGAAUAGGCA